AUGGACGAGGUCGUUGCGGCUUCAGGACAGGCGCGCGGGGAAUCUGCUGUGGCUGACGAUCCGAACGGAGCGUUGGCCUAUGCAGAUGAUCUGGUGCUAGUGGCUAACUCACCCUCAGAACUACAAGCUAAACUGAAAGUCCUAACUAAGGGAAUACCAGAGGCUUGUAUGACACUGAACAUCGCCAAGUGCCGGUCUAUGACAAUCAGGAAGCUAGUCGUAUUGGAGCCUCACUCCUAUAAGAUCGGAGGAGAAGUAAUACCGCCAAUGUUGCCCGGCGAGGAGGUUCGCUACCUCGGUUUGUCAUUUACCUGGAAGGGACGGAAACCUCCUAAGACCACAGCUAAGCUGGAGACAAUGAUAGGAAAGAUAAGUAAGGCGCCAAUGAAGCCCCAGCAACGAAUUCGAGUUCUGGGUGAUUUUGACUUGAAGAAAAGUGAGUAUGAGAUGGUACUAGGUAACGCGCACCGGAACACCAUGAAGGCAGCGGAUGUGAUGGUUCGAGAAGCAAUCCGGCGAUGGCUUAGACUACCGAAGGACACCUCAAUGGCCUUCCUUUAUGUUAGCUCAGCGGAUGGAGGUAUGAGUGUGCCGCAGAUGGGGAAAACUACACCCUUGGCGCAACGAUAG